AUGGACGCGCCAAAGUCCAGUUUGGCGCCGGCCGUUUCGAUGGAAUCGCUGAAUAGCGUCGUCACCGACGCCUCGUCAAAUCCGUCGCAGGUUCGCACGCUGUUCGUCUCCGGUUUGCCGAUGGACGCGAAACCGCGCGAGCUCUACUUGCUGUUUCGCGGUUGCCGCGGCUACGAGGGCUCGCUUCUCAAGAUGACGGCCAAGAACGGCAAGCAGACGUCGCCGGUGGGAUUUGUGACGUUCGCGACGCAGAGCGACGCGCAGGAGGCGAGGAAACAGCUGCAAGGCGUCCGAUUCGAUCCGGAAUGCGCGCAAGUUUUGCGUUUGGAGCUCGCCAAAUCCAACACGAAGGUGGCGAGACCGAAGCAGAGUCCGCCGCCGAAUUCGGCGGCGUUGGCCGCCGCCGGUGUUCCGCAAUUCCUGGCGCCUCUUCAGCCGUCCGACUUGGGACUACUCGAUCACAACGCGCUUCUCAAUGAUCCCCAACUCCUUGCGUUGACACUACCGCACUUGCAAGCGGCGCACGCUCUUCAGACGGCCUACAUGCCGACGGCGACGCUUCAGCAACUUCAUCAGCAGUCGCUCUACGCGCAAUUGAAUCCGGCGGCGAUGGUGGCAGGCCACGGCCUUACGAUCGGCCAACCGACGACGUCGGCGUGCUCGACGCUGUUCGUCGCCAAUCUCUCGUCCGACGUCAACGAGGAGCAAUUGCGCGCCGUGUUCAAAGCGUUCGCCGGCUUCACGCGUCUCCGCCUCCACAACAAAAACGGCAGCUGUGUGGCGUUCGUCGAGUACUCCGAUCUUCAGAAGGCCACACAGGCGAUGGUCUCGCUUCAAGGCUUCCAGAUCGCCGCCACCGAUCGCGGCGGACUCCGAAUCGAGUACGCGCGCAACAAAAUGGCCGACGUCAACGGCUAG